GAGGAAGAGGGGCAGGCUCCGCGAGGCCAUGUGAUGCUGGGCGCCAGCGAGCCGCCGCCGAGCCGCCUCCUUCCUCCUCGGAUCGCGGGCUGUCAUGGCGACCCCCAACAACCUGACCCCCACCAACUGCAGCUGGUGGCCCAUCUCGGCGCUGGAGAGCGAUGCAACCAAGCCGGUGGAAGCCCCCGACGCGCCCGAGGCAGCCAGCCCCGCCCAUUGGCCCAAGGAGAGCCUGGUUCUGUACCACUGGACCCAAUCCUUCAGCUCGCAGAAGCACCUGCAGGUGCGGCUGGUGAUUGCUGAGAAGGGCCUGUCCUGUGAAGAGAGAGACGUGAGCCUGCCUCAGAGUGAGCAUAAGGAACCCUGGUUCAUGAGGCUCAACCUGGGUGAGGAGGUCCCGGUCAUUAUCCACAGAGACAACAUUAUCAGUGACUACGACCAGAUCAUUGACUAUGUGGAACGCACCUUCACAGGAGAGCAUGUGGUGGCCUUGAUGCCCGAGGCGGGCAGCCCACAACACGCCCGAGUGCUGCAGUACCGCGAGCUGCUGGAUGCGUUGCCCAUGGACGCCUACACGCACGGCUGCAUCCUGCACCCCGAGCUCACCACAGAUUCCAUGAUCCCCAAGUAUGCCACGGCUGAGAUCCGCAGACAUUUAGCCAACGCCACCACAGACCUCAUGAAACUGGACCAUGAAGAACCACAGCUCUCUGAGCCCUACCUUUCUAAACAGAAGAAGCUUAUGGCCAAGAUCCUAGAGCACGACGAUGUGGGCUACCUGAAGAAGAUCCUCGGGGAGCUGGCUAUGGUGCUGGACCAGAUCGAAGCAGAGCUGGAGAAGAGGAAACUGGAGAAUGAGGGGCAGAUGUGUGAGCUGUGGCUGUGUGGCUGUGCCUUCACCCUGGCGGAUGUCCUCCUGGGAGCCACCCUGCAUCGCCUCAAGUUCCUCGGACUGUCCAAGAAAUACUGGGAAGACGGCAGCCGGCCCAACCUGCAGUCCUUCUUUGAGAGGGUCCAGAGACGCUUGGCCUUCCGGAAAGUCCUGGGCGACAUCCACACAACCCUGCUAUCUGCUGUUAUCCCCAACGCGUUCCGACUGGUGAAGCGGAAACCGCCAUCAUUCUUUGGGGCGUCCUUCCUCAUGGGCUCCUUGGGUGGGAUGGGCUACUUUGCCUACUGGUACCUCAAGAAAAAAUACAUCUAGAGCCGGGCUGGGGCCUGGUGUGUGA